UUCUUCAACAGAGUGGAGUCAGGCCUUCACACUUAGAGUGUCAUCACAUAAACCCAGGCCCACAGUUAUGGCAGAUAAGAGAACCGUACCGGUAAAUGGCAGCGUAACACUGACCUGCUCUGUGGAAAACUCCACUGAGUGGAAAUACGACUGGUUCAGACGUACCUCACACUCUUCUGAUGCUCAGGCCAUAAGAGCUGGUGAACCGGGCAAAGUUAUCAGUAUCUCACAUGGAGGCAUCUACCACUGCAGAGGAGGGAGACGAGACACAGCUUUCUCCACAGAGAACAGCGAGUCAGUCACAAUUGAGAAAACAGUUUCCAACAAGGCUGUUGUGUUCCUGCAACCCAACUGGCCUCUGGUGUUCACUGGUGAGACCAUCACCGUUAGAUGUGGGAUUCACGGAGGUGGAAGCACCGAGUGGGAGUAUGAAUGGAGCGAACCCAAGUCCAGCACGGUUCCAGCAUACGAUGAAUACAGGAUCGACAGUGCAUCUGUGUCCGACAGCGGGAACUACAGGUGUAAGGGUAAAGACAAACGGGACUUGUUUUCCUCGACAGAGUGGAGCGACGUCAUCACGUUGACAGUUUCUGCAGACAGACCAACUGCUAACCUGAGUGCUGACAACAGAGCCUUUGCAGCAGGGGGCAGGGUGACACUGACCUGCUCUGUGAACCCAUCAUCAUCUGGUUGGAAAUACUACUGGUACACAGGCGAGAAAACCUCUGAGCCCCUGACGACACAAGAUGCUGUUUCCCACUCAAGUGGAGACAUCAGUGUCUCACAGGAAGGACUCUACUGGUGCAGAGGAGGAAGAGGAGACCCAGUGUACUACACAGAGUUCAGCGACUCUGUCAACAUUCACAAAACUGUCAGCAACACGGCUGUUGUGACUGUGCAGCCCAACUGGCCUGAGAUAUACAGAGGAGAGACGAUCACUGUCAGCUGUGAGAUCCAGGGAGGAGGAGACACUGAGUGGACGUAUGAAUGGAUGACAACCAGCUCAUAUAAACGUUCAAACAACAAUGAAGAGAGGAUUAGUUUGUCGUCUUCAUCACAAAGUGGUGACUACUAUUGGUGUAAGGGCAGACUGAAAAGUGCACAACAGAAUUCAACAGGAUGGAGUGUUCCCUUCAAAUUAACAGUAUCUUACACAUCACAACCUGUCCUCACUGUGUCUCCAUCAUGGCUGAGUCCUGGAGCCUCAGUAACUCUGAAGUGUGAGGUUGAACAUCCAUCUGCAGGAUGGAGGUUCUACUGGUACAAGGCUGUUCCCAGAUUGUCCAAAAGCAACAUGUAUAACCGCUACCACUCUAUACGUGGACGCUGGAUAGAUUUUGAUUACUACCACUCCUACAGCUACGAGCUGCUCCCUGGAAGCAGCAGUGGGACUGAACAGGAUUCCUACAUCGUCCAUGAUGUUCAUCCAGCAGCGUCUCUCACAGUGAGUCCUGACGGAGCGCAGCACUUCACCUCUGACUCUGUCUCACUGAGCUGUGAGGGAAACUCUACUGAGUGGAGAGUGAGGAGGUUUCCUGAUGGUCGCUCCCUGCCAUACUCUUCAUACUGCUUUACCACAAUGACUGGAUCCACCUGCAACGUCCAUGGUCUCUUACCCAGGAAUGAUGCGUACUGGUGUGAGUCUGGAUCAGGAGAGUUCAGCAACGCGGUCAACAUCACCGCAAGUUAUACUGUUAUUAUCCUGGUGAGCCCCCUCCACCCCGUGAACGAGGGAGAUUCUGUUUCUCUUCUCUGCAAAUUGAGGACAGGACUCUCAUUUUUUUCUAAUGUCGCUUUCUACAAAAAUGGCAACGUCAUCCACAAUGACGACAGAGGGGUGCUGAAUAUCUCUGCGGUGUCAAAGUCAGACGAAGGCUUCUACAAGUGUGAACAUUCAGGAAAUGAGUCACCACAGAGUUGGAUGUCAGUAAAAUCGUCUCGCUCCUCAUCUCCCGAGCCGCUGGUCGUCGGGCUGGUUAUCGGUGUCGCGCUGGUUGUUCUCCUGCCGCUGCUACUGUUGUGCUGGUGCAGGAAGUCAAAGAAUCCGCGUUGCAACAGGCCCGUCCAGUCUGAAAAGACCGAUCAGGACUCUGCUACGGACCAAACUGUCAACCGAGAUGCAAAUCAACAGCAAAUAUACUCGUCUCUUCUCCACGGUGACGUCUGUGUCUAUGAAUCAAUCAGAGGCUCUGAAAACACUGGGAAUGGAAACCGAGAUGAUCCAGGUGACAGGUCUGACUACUAUAAUGUGAAUCCAGAUGCAGCUGCAGGUCCAUAAAGAGACGUGCAUCAUCGAGGAAGACAAAAGAAGCGUGGACGACAUCGUGAAAAAAACGCUUCACAGCAUUGAUACAACUGCUGCCAUCCAAAUGUUAGACACAGUAUCCUGUGCAGUUUUCUAGCAAAUCAUAUGAAAGAAAGACACGGCCAGCAUUAAUAACAAAACUGCUGAGACGAUUUGCUUUUGUCUUUAUGCUCAUUAUGUAAAUCUUUGUUGCAAUCAUUCUGGAGGUUAGACGGCGUAGGACUGCUGUACUUUUAAAGUCAGCCGUGAUGUUAUACAUUCAUAUAUAAUGGUCAUUAUUCACGCACACCUCCGCUCGCUUGUCAUGACGCUAUGACUGCCAAGACCUUACAGGGUAAACACAACCACUUGUCAAGUUCUGAUAUGGAAUCGUUUAAAUGUAUUUGCCAGUUUUUCAAAGUGGAAAUGAGAUAUAAUGGAUGCUCUUGUUGUCUUAGAAGAGAUGUGGCAACUUUGUAGAAGUUUACCUUUUACAAACUGAAUGACUUUAUGUGGG